GCGCACUUUGAUGCUUCUCCAGCUAGCUUAGCUUGCUAGUUAGCUUAGCUUGUUAGCUGCUAACAAAGAGAGAUGAAAACACAUCGCUAAGCAGAGAUCAAGUGUGAGUGUAAAGUGUUGUGAUUGUGUGAAAAUGUGCGAAAGAACCAUAGCAGAGUACGAGGAGGAACUUUGUCCAACAAAAGAGGAGAAGGAGCGACAACAUGAAAAACAUCAAGUUGUGUUACACACAACAGACAUCCAUCAGCUGAUUAGAAACCAAGAAGAAUGUCUCCCUCAUCUGCAGGGGGACGGUUUCACUUUAGAGGAUCCACAGCCCUCACAUUUUAAAGGGGACAAAGAGGGAGAGUGUCCUGUAGGGCAGGAGGAGGAUGAUGUCAGCAAGUUUCCACUGACUGUUGUCUCUGUGAAGACUGAAGAGCAUGAAGACAAAGCACCUGAGUCCUCACAGCUUCAUCACAGUCCAAACAUCCAGCAGCCCCCUCACAUGAACGAGGAAGAGGAGGAUCCACAGCCCACCCACAUGAAAGAGGAAGAGGAGGAUCCACUCAUGAAAGAGGAAGAUGAGGGAGAGUGUGUUGUAGGGCAGGAGGAGGAUGAUGUCAGCAAGUUUCCACUGACUGUUGUCUCUGUGAAGACUGAAGAGCAUGAAGACAAAGCACCUGAGUCCUCACAGCUUCAUCACAGUCCAAGUAAGCACAUAUCAUUUUAUUCUCAGGGCAUUCAAUCCAUCACAACUGGACUGUUCACUUUGUCUUAGAAGACUCAUCCAAGAAGGCUUCAUCACUUCAUGCUCAUACACUUCAAGUCUUAAAUCUAAUCCUUGGAAUUUAGAGGGGAACUGCACUUUUUUGGGGAAUUUUUUCUAUCGUUCACAAUCAUUAUAAAAGACAUGAUGGUGGAUAUAGUUAAAAAAAAAAAAUCACAUUCUAACUAGGGCUACUAUGGCUUUUUAUUAUUAUGUGGAUAUGUUUAGGCCAUGUCACAAUACACCAUAUAUAUGUGGAUAUGUUUAGGCCAUGUCACGAUACACCAUAUAUAUGUGGAUAUGUU